AAUGCAAACCCAUCUAUCUCACUCAACAAUUUCUUAUUCAAAACAAAAAACAAUAACAUUAUUAUUAUUAUUAUUAUUAUUAUUGCUAUGGCUUCAAACAAAGUCAUUGCCACCAUUUUGGUGCUCUCUCUCUUAGCCUACUCAACACUCACUCAUGCCAAUUGCCCACCAAAAAAAGCAACUCCACCACCUUCGCCGCCGGUGACGCCGCCACCGUCACCAAAACCAACACCACCAACUCCGACUCCGUCACCAAAACCAACACCACCAACUCCGACUCCGUCGCCGAAACCAACACCACCAACUCCGUUGGAAGCAGCACUUUGCCUUUGCACUGCAAUUAAGGCCAAUGUGCUUGGAAUCAACUUGAAUGUGCCUAUCACACUUGAAUUGAUCCUUAGUGCAUGCCAAAAAACUGUCCCUCCUGGCUUCCAAUGUCCUUAAAUCAUUAGUAGGUUUCGAUUUUUUAGAAAAGGCAAAAAUUUACGUACAGUUAUCUUUACGUAAAGUUAAUAGCUAAGAAUUUUUAGUUGAAAAAUUGCAUCUAACGAUUCUUAAUUAUCAAUUUUAGGUGAAAAUAACUGUACGUGAGUUUCUAUCUUUAAAAAUACUUGCAUGUUUCUAGAAAACAUUUAAUUCAAAUUUUAGAAACUUUCACAAUCAUGUCUUUUUUAAAUAUAAUUUUUAGGUCAUUUUCAAACAUUACACUCACUCAUCUUAAAAUGUAUGUGUUUUUGGAUGUAUUGAAAAAUGGAGAUAUCUUGACAUAAUAUACAUAUAUUGUGUUUUUGAUAUAUUAAUUUUUUAGUAUAUCCAAAGAAAUAAAAAUGAAACUUAUUUUAAGAUGAGUGAAAUAAAUAAAAAUAGAUGAUUGUGAAUGUUUCUGAAGUAUAUCUUAAACGUGCUCUAGAAACAUACAAAAAUUUCUUCGGAUAUAUAUAUUGUAUGAGAAAUUUUUUGUUAGAUGCUAAAUCUUAUUUAUGAUGAAGUAUCUAGCUAAGAAUUUCUUCUGGAGUGUGGUUUAAUUUGGUCUACUAUUAUGAUUGAUAAUAUUGUUGUUGCAUUGCAUGUGUUGUUCUUGUCAUCAUGUAAUUGUUUUAAGUCGUUGUUUUGUAUGUUGGAAAGUGUUGGUCAGUUGCCUUUGUUAUUAUUGGCGAGUCUCAUCUGAACACUACUACUGUGUACCAUAAAUAUAUGUUGAGUGUAUAUUUUAAUUUCCAUCCUCAUCAA